AGUUGUGGGAAUUCGACGAGCAGCUUUCUGACGUAUCUCUUUUCUUUUUUCUUUCUUUCGUUGUUUGCAUUGCGGUGAGCUCAGAGGAAGAAAAAGGUAUUUAUCCGCAGCACAAUGUCCGCCGACGACUACGAUAACAUGCUUGCCGCCCCGCGGCUGACUCCGGAGGAGGUGGACAAACUCGUGCAGCGUCUCUACUACCGCCAGCUAGAGCUCACAGCGCAGCGGGAGAAGGAGCGGCAGGCCACUCUCGAGCGCACACGGGCCCAGCUAAGCCGGCAUGUCUCGAAGGAGGAGGAGGAGCACCUGGUGAAUCGGAUAUACGACCAGCAGCUGCAGCGCUUCGCCAACGCGAAGGAGGAGCGCGAUAAGAAGGUGGAGGCGGAGGCGCACAGGAACGACAAGAAGGUGAGCCAGAGUGAAAUCGAUCAUCACGUGUAUCGCAUGUACGACGAGGAGCGCGCGAAGAGCCGGACGCGCCGCGCGGAGCUUUCCACUCGGUACAUGCCGACGGCGGAACCGAAGAAGAUCGGCAAAGCUGAUCUGCAGGCAUGCGUGGAGCGGUUGUCGCAUGUGGACUGGGAGAAGCGUGACGAGGAGCUGUUUAAGAAGUACGUCUACCCUUAUGACCCCAAAACCACGAAGAUCUCACCUGGUGAUGAGCAGGCUAUGGCGGAUCGCCUGUCUACGACGAAGGGUGCCUCUGCGUAA